GAAUUCAAGAUGGCGCUUCCCGUUAGGUUGAACGUGAAAUCUCUCUUUCGUUUCAUUCAAAAGAAUAAUUGCAAUAGAAGAUUAUUUAAAGCUGAGAGAAGCACGGGAACGAAGAGCCCCAAUGAAGGGAGGGUGUUCUCGGGAAUCCAGCCCACAGGUGUUCCUCACCUGGGGAAUUAUCUGGGCGCUCUAGAGAGCUGGGUGGCCUUGCAGGGAGAGUACAGUUCAGUGAUGUACAGCAUUGUUGACCUUCAUUCCAUCACCCAGCCUCAGGACCCUCAGCUGCUCCGAGAAAACAUCCUGGACAUGGCGGCUAGUCUGCUGGCUUGUGGCAUUGACCCGACUCGCUCGAUUCUCUUCCAGCAGUCUCAGGUCUUAGAGCAUGCAGAGCUUUCAUGGAUCCUAGGGUGCCUCACCAGCAUGCCUCGUUUAAGGCACCUGCCUCAAUGGAAGAUGAAGAGCAAACAGAAGAAUGAAGGCAGUGUGGGACUUUAUACUUACCCAGUGUUACAGGCAGCAGACAUACUACUCUAUAAAUCCACACAUGUGCCAGUAGGGGAAGACCAGAUCCAGCACUUGGAACUUGCCCAGGACUUGGCCCGCAUCUUUAACAACCAGUUCGGAGAGUUCUUUCUGGAGCCUCGUGCCCUACUCAGUUCCACCCGAAAGGUGAAAUCUCUCAGGGAUCCAUCCUCUAAAAUGUCAAAGUCAGACCCCCAAAAGUUAGCUACAGUCUUCCUGACUGAUACACCUGACGACAUCGUCCUCAAGAUUCGCAGGGCUGUGACGGACUUCACUUCCGAAGUGACCUAUGAGCCUGAGAGUCGGCCGGGUGUGUCAAAUCUAGUCUCCAUGCACUCGGCUGUGUCUGGGCAGAGCGUGGAGGAGGUGGUGAGGUUGGCUGAAGGUAUGGACACCGGACAGUACAAGGAUGUUGUAGCUGACGCUGUUGUACAGAAGCUGGAACCCAUUCGGCUUGAAAUCCAGAGACUGAGGGCCGAUAGGGGCCAUCUUGAGAGUCUGCUAAUCGAUGGAGCUGAGAAGGCUCGCAGCCUUGCAGUUCCUGUGAUGAUGGAAGUCAGGAAACGGGUGGGCUUCUUUUAAGGCUACCUUUUCGAAUUUUCAAAAACUGUAUUAGAGGUGGAUAUGCUCCAGAGAGAGAGAGAGAGAGAGAGAGAGAGAGAGAGACUUAAUGGAGUAGUUAUCUCACUAAUGAGAAACUUUUGGUGAGUGAAUUAUAUCAAUGUCACCACUGAUUGCUCAGUGGCAUUCAAUCACUCAGUUUUAAUUUCAUCUUGUAUUUUUCUUUUUAUUUAAACAAAAAUAAAAUAAUUUUAUUUUUA